AUGGAAUUUAGAGGUUGCAGAAGGGGAAGCAGAUUUUCAUCAUAUGAGAGAUUGGCUGCCAUAGGAUUGGCGAUUCUGGCUGUGGCUUCUCCUCUCUAUAUAGACCGCAAAGCAGAGUGUGAGUUGGAAGAUGAGGAGCAACCCAUCAACGUUGAUGUUUUGUUACCUUUUCUGCUCUUUCUAUUGACUUUGGGCAUAGCUUUAUCAGCUUCCAUGGACAGGAGCUUUGCAGGGUUUGAUCGUUACUGGAUUCAUAGAGUCAUUGGUUCUUCUGGCGGUAUUCUUGCCAUUCUUACUGUUCUUUUUCUUAUUUUGAAAUUUAAAUCGUCUCUGUGA